AUGUCUUCGUUUGUCGAGCUCCCCGCAGAAGACGUGCAUCUAGCAGAUAAACUUCAGUUAUCAACUUUUCAGGGUAAAUUCGAUGUCACGGAAUUCGUUGGCGCGGUCGCCGAGAGGCUCAUCGCGCAGUCCAAGGCGGACAGCGGUCCUUUCGAUCCUAAGCCAUUCAUUCGAACAUUUGAAGCUACGGUAGACAGAUUAAUGGCCAUCCGCAAGGAAGUAGACAAGAAGACCGAGCAGAUGGAGAAGAGUGUACGGGUCGCAGAGCGAGAGUAUUCUAAGAAGAUGGCAGAACUAUCCAAGGGAUUCGAGACUGUUGGAAGCUCAUUCACUGCAAUGGAAAGUCGGAUGAACCUUGUUAGCAACACUGCUGUACGAAUAGCCGACUCAUUGUCAUCUAAAGGUGAUCAACUCGAAACGGUCCAUAUCGAACGACAGAGGGCUCAAGCAGCAUGCGAUCUUAUUGAUUACUACAACUUAUUCUCGAAGGACGACACAUCCAAGCUGGACAACCUGCGAAAGGAGGGCCGCUCCGGACGGAGGCAGGUUGCAGUAAUCCUCCGGCGACUCAAUACCGUGGCCAAGGAGGUGGACCUUCCGAAUGCUGACAAGACAAGAGAAGCUAUCGAGAACUACUGCGAGAAGUUCGAGAGGGAGAUGCUCAAUCUAUUCGAUCGUUGUUACCGCAGAGGCGAUCCGAAGAUGAUGCAUCAUUGCGCUCAAACGCUUUUGGAAUUCAAUGGCGGGGCUUCUUGCAUCCAGGUCUACGUGAACCAACACGAUUUCUUCAUCAACAAUGUUCGGGAAGGACGAACUGAGGAGGAUACCAACCUUUGGAACAAUCUCGGAAACCCUGAUGCAAGCCCCCCGAAGACAGAGCUUGGUUUGGCCGACCUGUUCUCGGAAAUCCGUACGACAGUCGAUACGGAAGCCCAAAUUGUCAAGGCCGUGUUCCCCAAUCCUCCUGUCGUGAUGCAGGUGUUCCUACAGCGAGUAUUCGCACAAUCGAUACAACAAUACAUGGAACAACUGCUCCAUCGAGGAGCAGACAUCUCAGAUCUAGGUUACCUGCGUAUCCUGCAAUUAGUUCACAUACAGGCAUCCGCACUGGUUGAAGACUUGAAGGCCCAUGAAAUCCCCACAACUGUGUCGCGCACACCGUACGAGGCAGCCGAGUUCCGGAGGUCAAUCACUGGAGCUGCACCUGCACCCCUUUCUCUAGGAACUCCAGCCGCAAUCAGUACAAUGCUGGAGACCGCCAUGGAAGAACUCUUUGUUCCUUACACCGAAGGGCACCGAUACCUUGAACGCGAAAACAAGAGUCUGGUAACGCUCUACACUGGCCUUCUAGCGGCCUUUACCAGAUUCCAUAAAUCGCAAAAAGGGAAAUCUUCCAUGUUCGAUCGCAUGGUCAAUCAAAUCAGCUCGACAAGCGGGUCGUCUGGCACAUCCUCCCAAGCAGCUGCAGCGUUGACUAGAUUCGGUCUUAUUAACUCGGCUCCUACAAGUCAACAGAAUGAAGAGCCGGUUAAAGAGGAGGAUGGUGUUCUGAGCGUCGAUGUAGCUGAGAGAAUGCUCAAGUGGCAUGCAGAGGCUAUUGGGAGAUGUGUGGAACUGAGUCCAGCGAGCGAUGUCCCUAAGAGCACGUUCUCUCUUCUCAAGGUACUGUCAGAAGCUAUAGGAAACAAUUACGUUGAAGUGGCCCUGGAAACCGCCUUGCUACGCCUUGAAGCUGCAGAUUCCAAGAGCGAACCUAAUCUUUCCCCCCUUGCUAUCAUCCGACAAGUGGACCUUAUUUGCCACCUUUGGCAACAAUACGUCAAUGUUGCCAUACUCCCCCUUGCGAGUUCUUCCGUCACCGUUCGGAGAGAGAUGGUUGUCUUCAAUACUCAGACAAUCAACCGUAUCGAAGGGGCCACGAAUCGUCUUCUCCAGAAGGUCACAGACGCUGUCAUCACCUGGCUCUCGUUACAGCUUACGAAACAGAAGAAAGACGACUUCAAACCUCGAAAUGAUGAUAUUUCAUUUGCUCGAGUUAAUACCAAGCCUUGCGAGGCAUGCUGCGAGGCAUUGGAAAAGAUUCGGGAUGCAGCGAAGGAAAAUCUCAGCGGAAAAAAUCUGGAGGUCUUCCUCACAGAGAUCGGUGUCGCCUUCCACAGCUUGCUACUGGAACACCUGCGCAAAUUCCCAGUCAGCGCAACUGGUGGUCUGAUGUUGGCCAACCUUACAAAGGAACUUAGGGACAUUAAAUCUUAUCAAGAUACCAUUUCCACCUUCGGCAUCCCUGCCCUCCAGGAACGUUUCGAGUUCAUUCGACAGCUAGGCCAGAUCUUCCUAAUCCAACCCGAGAUUCUCAAGUCGUUCAUUACCGAAAACUAUCUGGGCCGCAUAGACUCGUCCCUUCUCAAGCCUUAUAUCACUCUCCGAAGCGAUUAUGGGCAGUUCGAGAAAGGGUUCAAUGAUUCUGAUGCAACACCAGGCGAAGGAGCCCCUGGAACCGCUCUGAAGGAUCGUUUCGGAAGGCUGAGUAUAAUGAUGAAGGAACUGGAAGGGUUGAAGCCGGAGAGUCUGUCGGUCAGCAUGCCAUCGAUACCAACUAGCUUCCCCAGCUCCUUCACCAUGCCCUCAAUGCCCUCAAUGCCUUCGAGACCUUUCUGA